CCCUACAUAUUGAGCUGAAAACAUAACGAGCAAAUACACAGCGCACCUCGUUUUCUUUUCUAAUAUAUGUAUAAGUAAACAAAUUCCGGGAAAUUAAAAUGAAUUGAAAAGGCCAUUAAAAUUAACGAUAUAGUAGUAUAUUUCUUGGCACACAUAUAUGUACACACAUUUAUAUAGCGCAUCUCGCUGAAAACACGUAGUUAUAAAUUUUCGAAAUACAGAAAUAUUCAGUACUGUUUUGUCUGCGAAACUCAUCGCAACCAAGUAUCAAGAAGAUUUUUGUGGCAAAGGAAAACUUCCAAAUUUAAUAAACAUGAAAGUUUUAAUAAUUUGUCUGCUUGCUCUGCAGGCAUUUAUGGCAGGUGCAGCAACCACAAAUGGUUCGUUAAACGAAAUAUCAACCAAUUUGGAUCAACAAUGCGGAUCUUAUUGUUAUACUCUUCUAAGGUCCUUAGUACAGAGUGGAGAAAAGGCCAAAAAUGAUAUUGAAGAAAACGCGAUUGCAAUCAGAGACAAGGACAAUCAAAUUAAGGUACUCCAAGCAAAGGUAGCCGAGCUUCAAGCUAAUCUGGAGCUCUAUAAAGAAAAGGAAAACCAAUACGAAGAGCAAAUUAAAUAUGAUAAUGAUCUGGUUGCAAACAUCAGUCUGAAAAUGGAUAGUAUCAGAAACAAAGUAGGACAAAUUGCGCAAAUCAACACAAAUACGAAUACGACUCUUCAAACUAAAUAAAUACUUCAUAAUAUCAAAGAUGUUGCGGAAAACACAUUCAACAGUUCGGGUUAGGGAGUAACAUUGUAAUUAUAUUUGGAGAAUCAUAUGCACCUACAAUACAAAACAUGUUUAUAAA